AACAGGAACACCAGACAUAGGGGAGGGGGAAAAACGAAGUGAUCCAUUGAACCGAAAGUCUUUGCCCUCUCUUAAUUACGUAGUGUCCCAUAUCUUUUCUCUUUUUUUCACGUGUUUUUUCCAAUUUUUUUUCUUUCUUCUGUACGUAAAGACCUCUGGUUAUUGGUAAUUAGCUUGAGGAGAAUAAAAACAGCCGAUCAGGAGAGGGGUGGUGCAUUGUGGAGCGAGAUGGCUAACAGAAUGGUUCUAUCACUCCUUCAUGGAUUCUUCUACCUAGCUCUGAUUCAGCCCUCACUUCAAGGAGGUGUGUACGUGCCGGCUGGUGCUGGAGUUGGAGCAGGAGGUGCUGGACCAGGUGCUGGUCUCUACCCAGGUGCUGGUGGGAUACCCGCAGGAGCAGGCUACAAACCAGCUAAAACUGGGGGCCUUAUGUUUCCCCUAGCUGGUGGAUAUGGAGGACGGGGUGGUGUUGGUGCUGGAGGUCUGGUCCCUGGUGGCGGGGCUGGAGGCAUAGGAGCGUUAGGCCUCGGAGGAGGAGGAGCCGGUGGAAAAGGCCCCAAACCUGGUUAUGGAAACCUUGGUGCUGGUGGUGUUGGGGUUGGUGGUCUAGGUGGUGGAGGAUACGGAGCUGGUCCUGGAGCAGGCAGUCUAGGAGCAGGAGCCCUUGGAGGAGGAUACGCUAAGCCUGGAGUUGGUUAUGGAGGAGGCUCGCCGUAUGGAGGCUCGCCGUAUGGAGGAGGUGGUGCUGGGGGCUACUUCCCUGGAGGUGGGCUGGGACAGAAGGCAGGACCCAAGCCAGGCUAUGGGGCAGGAGGUGGACUACAACCAGGCUAUGGCGGUGGUGGAUUACAGCCAGGUCUAGCCCCUGUUAUUCCUCAGACUGGCCUACCUGGAGGUGGGCUGGGACCAGGUGCCGGAAAAGGAAAGGCUCCAAAAGGAGGAGUACCAGGUGUGGGGGUGCCUGGACUUUACCAAGGUGGCCAGGUGCCAGGACAAGGGUUUGGUGGUCGUGGAGUGUUGCCCGGUGUGGCCACUGGGAACGGACUCAAUCCCAAAUCAUUGCCAGGUGGAGGACAACAGGGACCAGGAGGCUCGGGUCGUGUUGGUUACGGAGGACCAAUGCAGCCAGGAGUAUUCCAUGGAUACCCACUCAAAACACCCAAAACACAAGGUGGCUAUGGAGCGAAAGUUGGAGGAGCUGGAGGCAAACUUCCAUUUGGAUAUGGGGGCUUUGGUGGUGGUGGUGGAGCAGGCCUUCCUGGUGGCAAAGGUGGUCCUGGAUCCAAGCCUGGAUACCCCAUUGGAACUGGUGUUGGGACAGGAGGUCUUAACCCGGCCCAGGCUCAGGCUAAAGCUGCUAAAUAUGGUGCUGGUGCUGGUUUGGGUGGUGUGCCCGGUGCAGGUGGAGCUUACCCUGGAGCGGGAGGAGCUUACCCUGGAGCAGGAGGAGCUUACCCUGGAGGAGUCCCAGGAGGUGCGGGUGGCAUCCCAGGUUUUGGAUCAGUAGCAGGAGGAGCAGGAGGAGUACCUGGAGGGUUAUCCGGAGGAGCUGGAGGGUAUAACCCUGCUGCGGCCAAAGCUGCUAAAUAUGGAGUUCCAGGGGGUGCAGGAGCAAGCCUAGGAGCAGGAGGAUUUGGUGGAGUACCAGGAGGAGGAGGAGGUGUACCUGGGGCUGGAGGAUUUGGUGGAGUACCAGGAGGAGUAGGAGGUGUACCUGGGGCUGGAGGAUAUAAUCCUGUGGCAGCCAAAGCAGCUAAAUAUGGACUCCCAGGAGGAGGUGCAGGCAGCCUCCCAGGUGUUGGCUCAGUCGCAGGAGGAGCAGGAGGAGUACCAGUAGCUGGGGCUGGGGCUGGGGCUGGAGGAUAUAAUCCUGCUGCGGCCAAAGCCGCUAAAUAUGGAGUUCCAGGAGGAGCAGGUGCAGGGUUAGGAGGAGCUGGAGGCUAUGGAGCAGGAGCCAGGCCUCCCUAUUACGGUGUUCCAGGGGGUGCUGGAUUUGGGGGAGCAGGAGCUUUUCCAGGGUCUGGAGGAUACAAUCCUGCCGCCGCCGCCGCCAAAGCUGCUAAAUAUGGGGUCCCAGGGGGUGCAGGGGCAGGCCUAGGAGCUGGAGGUCUUGGAGGAACAGGAGGGGUACCAGCUGGAGGAGCUGGGGCUGGAGGAGUCCCCGGAGGUGCAGCAGCAGGCCUAGGAGCAGGAGGAUUACCAGGAGGAGGAGCAGGGGGGGUACCUGGGGCUGGAGGAUAUAAUCCUGCUGCAGCCAAAGCAGCUAAAUAUGGAGUUCCAGGAGGUCUAGGAACAGGCUUAGGAACAGGAGGACUUGGAGGAGUACAGGGAGGAGUACCAGGGGGAGGAGCAGGGGGGGUACCUGGGGCUGGAGGAUAUAAUCCCGCUGCAGCCAAAGCAGCUAAAUAUGGUCAGGGGGCUGCUGGUGGGCCACGGGGUGGAUAUGGUGGCGUGCCUGCUGGAGGAUAUCCCAGGCCUGGGGGCUAUGGAGGGGCAGGAGCUGGAGGGUAUAAUCCUGCUGCGGCCAAAGCUGCUAAAUAUGUCCCAGGAGCUGGAGGAGCAGGCCUAGGAGCUGGAGGAGCAGGCUUAGGAGGAGCAGGAGGAGUACCAGGGAUUGGGGCUGGACCAGGAUAUGGAGGCUAUGGAGGAUAUGGAGGGGUACCAGCAGGAGGGGCUGCUGCUGCGGCCAAAGCUGCUAAAUAUGGAGUUCCAGGAGGAGCUGGCGUGGCGGGGAGAGCAGGAGCAGUGCCAGGGGCUGGAUAUGGAGGGGUACCUGGGGCUGGAUAUGGAGGGGUACCUGGGGCUGGAUAUGGAGGGGUACCUGGGGCUGGAUAUGGAGGGGUACCUGGGGCUGGAUAUGGAGGGGUACCUGGGGCUGGAUAUGGAGGGGUACCUGGGGCUGGAUAUGGAGGGGUACCUGGGGCUGGAUAUGGAGGAGUACCUGGGGCUGGAUAUGGAGGAUAUAAUCCCGCUGCGGCCAAAGCUGCUAAAUAUGGAUUACCAGGAGGUGCAGGAGCAGGCCUAGGAGCUGGAGGAGCAGGAGGACUUGGAGGAGCAGGAGGAGUACCAGUGGCUGGAGGAUAUAACCCUGCAGUGGCCAAAGCAGCUAAAUAUGGAGUCCCUGGAGGUGCAGGAGCAGGCAUAGGAGCUGGAGGAGCAGGAGGAUUACCAGGGGGAGGAAGAGGGGGUGUACCUGGGGCUGGAGGAUAUAAUCCCGCUGCAGCUAAAGCUGCUAAAUAUGGAGUCCCAGGAGGUGUAGGAACAGGCCUAGGAGCAGGAGGACUUGGAGGAGGAGGACAGGGAGGAGUACCUGGAGGAGUAGGAGCUGGAGGAUAUGAUCCCGCAGCCAAAGCUGCUAAAUAUGGUAUGCCAAGCGGGGCGGGCAUCGGUGGAGAAGGUGUUCCAGCGCCUAUAGCGACGCCAAGACCAGGUGUGGGCGUGGGUGGUGGUGUUGGAGGAACUGCCAUUGAGCGCACUGAUGUACCAGUGGGCACAGGGAUACCUAUCGCAGGCAAACCAGCAGAGGAUUCAUCUCUAGAACCCGGUGGAACUCCCAUCCCAGAUCCCACACCUAUUGGCACACAGGCCACAGAGGCCCCAGAGCCAGAGCCCAGUGCCACAGGAGUAACUGGAGUUGGGGCUGGGGUUCUUCAACCUAGUGUUGGUACAGGCCCAGCUCAGCCUGGUGUGGGUGUCGGAGCAGGUGGCAAAGCUCCUAAACCCCCUGGUGCAGGGGGAUACCCGUAUGGCGGUUAUGGACAGGCAGGACAACUCCGGUAUGGUCAAGGUUAUGGACAGGGUGCUGGUGGAUAUCCCUAUGGAGGAGGAUAUGGAAAUCCAUACGGAGCAGGAGCUGGACAAUUUCCUGGAGCCAAGCCCCUGAAACAUCCAGUUGUGGGAGGAGCAGGCGGUGUGGCUGGAGGAGCAGGCGGUGUGGCUGGAGGAGCAGGCGGUGUGGCUGGAGGAGCAGGUAUUCCUCUUACUGGAGCAGGUGGUGGUGCAGGGGGAUACCCGUAUGGUUAUGGUCAAGGUGGUUAUGGACAGGGACAGGGUGUGAGGUAUCCCACUGGUGAAGGUCUGGGAGCAGGGGCAGGAGCAGGUCAAAAAGCACCCAAACCCCCAGGUUAUGGUAACCUAGGUGCGGGUGGUGCUGGUUAUAGUCCAGGUGCUGGUGUGUUCCCAGGUUACGGAGGUGGCUACCCACAACAACGGGGUUACCCACAGCAAGGUGGCGGCUACCCACUGCAACCCUACCCAGGAGCAUAUGGAGCAGGCCAGACGGCACCACUGACUCCUCAACAAGCCAAAGCAGCCAAGUAUGGCCCACUCCAGGGCUUCCUUGGUGGGGCAGGAGGAGGAGGCUACAGACCAGGAGGAGUUGCUGCUGGAUGCCAAAGCAAAUACUGUGGAAGGCGGAAGUAGAGGGUGUUCUUCAGAAGAAGUUGAACCUCAAGAAACAAUGGUGCUACUGCAUGAUCUAGAAUGUACAUUUUAUAUGCACAAAAUCCCCCAUUAGAGUAUGUAAAGAUAUGUUGUACUUUAUUUGACUCAAUAUAUUUUUUAUACAAACCCACCGACCCAGACUUUUGCACACAUUUGAUGUGACUUAGUGUUUUUGAUUGUGCCUUUAUCAUUGUUCGUGGUGUUCAUCAGCUCUUACUGACAUGCCUGCGAUGCUCCCCUUUUAGUAGUUACCAAGUGUUUGUGUGUGCAUGCAUGUGUGUGGGCGUUGAUAUGUGGCUGUGUCUCUCUAUGUGCUUGUGAGCUUGCACAUGUUGCCAGAGAUGUUUGGGUAUAUAGGAGAAUAUGAAAGAUUAUCCAACUAGAGCCAUUAAGCAUGCUUUGAAUGCAGAGAAGUGCUCCAAGUCAAAACCAGCACCAUUCCUGUAACUAUACAUCCCUCUCCAUGUGCUUAGUGUCUGUGUGUACCAAAGUUGGCGCUCUUCGCAUACUGACAUGUCAAACCAAGGGUUGAGCUUCAAGGGGUGUGGAUAGUAAAGUGCUGAUAAACUUUGGCCAUGUAUCUUCAGAACUGCCUCCUCUGGCUUUCUAUCAUCUCUGCUGCUAUUUAUAUCCCUGGGUGAAAUAGCAGUGGCAUAGCAUGUGUGUGUGUGGGCACAGGUUUCACAGUCCAUCUGCCAUCUUCAACUUUGACUAUAUUUUAAGGGCCAUGGUGUAAGUAGCCUUCUUACCUUGAUUUCUGACAAACUUGUGAAGUAUGAUGAGCAGGUGUUGCUCUGAAUGUGGUAAAGCUGAUGACAAUCAAUCCAAAGGUGUUCAAAAGAUUUGUAGGUGAUAUCUUGAGUGAUAUUCAUUGCAUACAUUGUGUUGGUUUGUACCCAAGACCUUUGAAACAGUGUUUUUUAGUUUUUUAAGUGAUUUGUAUGUUUUUAGUUUUACAAAAAUGUAAAAGUAAAACUGAAAUUAUUUCGAUACUGCUCUGGCAUGUAUUGUACAUUAUGUAUGUAUGAAUUGAACAUUUUGUUUUAUUAAUUACGUAUAAUUUUUCUGGUGUGCUAGAUUAAGUGCCUAGAAUGUUAUGCAUAUUUGAAAUCAUUCUAGUUUCACGUGCAGUUAUAGUUUCAUUUAUGCAAGUUGUCGCUCAUUAUUCAAGUUUCAAAUGUUUCCGCUCAUGAAAGUAGACUAUCACCAUAUUUGUGUAAUCUUUAAUAAGGCAAAACAUGUUUGUUAAAAAAAAUAUAUAUUUGGGUAAUGCAUUUAAUCACUGAUGAGAAUUGUUAUACUGUAUAUGUAAGGGCUUUUUUAAUAUGUGUCUGUGUGUAGGCUUCCCCUAGUCUGUGUAAAUUGUGAGAGUGAGCUCCCAUUUCACUCUUUACUUGAGUUAGUUACAGUUGAAUAAGACUCACUAGACAUUACUGAACAAAGAUGGAUUCACUCUGUUAUGAAGUUACACUACGAUGUCUCUUUAGGGAUUGUGUGGACUGUAUGUUGUAGUAAUUGCCCUAGGUUAUCAUGACUCUCACUCGCUUCAGUUCUUGUAGCCUACCCGUAGGGCCUUUUCUGAACUGUGUGUGAGCCGCUCGGAUCCCGGGCACGCCGCACGGUGUCUUCCAUGCGGUGGGAUAGUAUUCAUCUUAUUUAAAUGGCAAAAAAGGAGGAACGAUGGGGUUUUGCACUUUUACAUUUUCAUGACGCACAUGUGACUUGUUCCCGGUAAUCCCGGCAUUUUAUUUGCUUAAGUAAAAUAACGAAAUAAAAUGGUUAAUAAAUACA